AUGUCCUCCAUUGCCAGCGCGGGCAGCACGACUGGCGGCGGGGGUAGACACGCACGCCAGCAGCAGCAACAGCAGCAGCAGCAGCAGCAGCAGCAGCAGCAGCAGCAGCAGCAGCAGCAGCGCCGCCCAGAAGAGGACGUUGCUGAUUUUGCGCCGCGCCGGCGGACCGUCGCGUCUGCACCGUCGUCAGGAGCGAUCAGCGCCGCGGCAAACAGCGACUUCUGGUCUGCCGCCGGGGACAAAGAGGAGGAGGAUGGCGAGGCGGGCGGCGGCGCCGAGGGCGGCGGCGGGGCCGCCGAGCGGCGGGCGCGGCGGCAGGGGCGCGGCGAGCGGCGGCAGCGGGAAGCUUCCUCGGGGUGGGAGGGGGAGGACGAGGGGGAGCUGUUUUUGGACGCCGCUCAGGACGAACUCUCCCCGGGCGUCGGCGGCGGCGGCGACGGCAACAGCAGCGGCGGCGGCGACGGGGACGGCUCCGCCGCGCCAAGCCGCGGCGCGGCGACACCGGAGGGCGCAUACGAGGACUGCUCUGCAGAAGCCCGCGACCCCGACGGCGCGACCGCGGACGCCGCCGCAUGGGCGGCGCCGCAGGGCGUUUCGGAGGAGGUCAGGGGGCAGGCGCUGCUGAGGCACCCCGGCCGGCCGCUCAGAGUGCCCAUCACUCAGGACCCGCCGUGCCACACGGAGGACCAGCUAUAUGAGAUGCAGGCGGCGCUGGUGGCGGCGCGCGAGGAGCGGCCCUCGGGCGGCGGCGCAGAGGCGGAGGCGGCGCUGCUCGACAAGAUGCAGAUGCACCAGUCGCGGCUGCUAGUCUCGGACAUGUCCGCCUUCAAGGCCGCCAACCCCGGCUGCUGCUUUGAAGACUUUGUGCGGUGGUACUCACCGAACGGCCUGAACCGGCGGAGCCGCUGA